AUGAGUUUGCUCAUUAAUGCUGAAAAGGGGGAAUGGGAAGCAGGUUUGGUGAAACAGAUUUUCUUAACCCAUGAUGCAGAGACUAUUCCAAGCAUACCGCUUAGUAACCGUCUCCCUUCAGACAAGGUAUGGAAAAGAGUUUGGGGAUUAGAGACUCCAAAUAAAAUCCAGAACUUCACUUGGAAAGCCUGCCAUAAUAUACUAGCCAUUAAAGAAAACUUACUGAAGAGGCACGUCGCUACAGAUGACAAAUGUGAAGAAUGUGAUGUGAUUCGGUCUCUCCCAAUCUAUUGGAAAAGGUUGCUGCAAUUUGUUGGGGCAUCUAGAAGUAUAGGUGUGAGGUGUGGCAUGAAGGGCAUCAUCGUUCAAGUAGUGACAUUGCCCGCAGAUCUCUUGUCUUACUGGAGGAAUUUCAAGCGGCAAACGACUGUCUACUCCCCCAUUGUUAAAGAAAACUUUAAGUGGUCCCCCCUAGCUUUAGGCCGAUACAAAUUAAACGUUGAUGGUGUAAUAUUCUCCCAAAUCAAAGCAACGGGUCUAGGUAUGGUCAUUCAUGAUGAUGCGGGGCUGGUUGUUGCUGCCAUGAGCAAGAAGGUUUCCAUCCCAUUGGGCCUGUUAGAAGCUGAAGCGAAAGCUAUGGAAGCUGCUAUUCAAUUUGCAAUUGAUAUUGGGGUCAGAGAAGUUAUCUUUGAGACUGAUUCCCUUCUCCUAUACAAUGCAGCUGCCUCUUCCAUCGAGAAUGUAGUCUCUGGUAUUCUCUUUCAAAUUCAGAACUUUAGAUCAGCAGAUUUCUCUCAUAUCAAAAGGCUUGGCAACAUGCUUGCCCAUGUACUUGCUCAGCAUGCUAAACAUAUUGAAAAUUUUCAGACUUGGCUGGAGGAAACUCCUAGCCUUAUUGAGCACAAGUGUGCUUAA